GCAUUAGAAGCUCUAGGAUAUGGAGGAGCUGAGUUUCAGCCUAAUUUUAUUGCUCUGCUGAAUCAAUUCUGUCAGAAAAAAAAAGGUUGGACUUUCAGCUUUGUGAAGGCUGAUUGCAUUGGACCUUCGCAUGAUCCCGAGUUUGCUUGUAGUGCAGAAGUCAAAGGAAACAUAUUUCCUGAAUCCAGUAGGAAGAAAAAUAAAAAACUUGCAGAAAAAGAGGCUGCAUAUUUAGCUCUUCUGGCGCUGAAGAAAGAAUUUCCAGAUGAUAUUGAAGAAUUACCAGAAGAUUUUAAAGAUGACUCCAAAUCUGAAAACUGGUCUUGCUCUGGAAGCACUAGUGACUCUAGUAUGGAUAGGAGCAUAGCUGAAAGUGGACGGCAACAAUCAUCUCCUGCAUCUGAGCAUCAACAGAACUACACUGCAAUACUUAAUGAAAUCUGCCAGAGGAAAAAAUGGAUCUGCAAUUUUGUGGACACGCCCCUUGGUGGACCUUCACAUAAACUCCAAUUUACUUGCAGAGCAGAAAUCAAUGGCAAAAUCUAUCCUGAAAGUAAACCACAUACAACAAAAAAGCUGGCUAAAAAGGAUGCAACAUUUCUUGCAUUGAUUGAACUCAAAAAGGAAUCCCCUCAGGAUUUUCCGGAAAUCUCAUGUCGAUCCUGAGUGCAAGAUCUUCUAUUGUGAGUGCUAGUGAUUUAAGUCAAGAUAGAAGAACUGGUGAAAAUGGACCGGUCCAAUUAACUGAUGACUCUAGUUUGGAUAGAAGCACACCUGAAAAGGGACUUCAACAAUCAACUGCUGCAUCUGAGCUUCACCAAGACUACACCGCUGCACUUCAUGAAAUCUGCCAGAAGAAAAAAUUAAACUUGAAAUAUGUGGACACGGCCCUUGGUGGACCUUCACAUAAGCCUCAGUAAGUUACCAUAACAGA